AUGUCUAGGAGUGGAGGAAUAGAAGAAGAGUGGGAAAGAAGGGAGAGGUCGGGGUUGGAAAUAGAGAAGAAGGCGGUCGUCGAGAAUGACAACUCGUCGUCAAAAGAAGCAUCGACCGAAAAGGCAUUCGAGAAUGAGAUCGUUCCGUCGUGGAAGGAACAGUUAACGUUCAGGGCUUUCCUGGCGAGCGCUGUUCUGAGUGUUGCUUUCUGUUUUAUAGUGAUGAAGCUUAGUUUGACUACCGGGAUCAUACCGUCGUUGAACGUCGCCGCCGGCCUCUUGGGUUUCUUCUUCAUUCGAGUCUACUCGUUUGCGCUCCAGAAGUUUGGUUUGUUGAAGCAACCCUUCAGCAGGCAAGAGAACACCGUCAUUCAGACCGCCGUUGUUGCCGCUUCCGGCAUUGCUUUUAGCAGUGGAUAUGGAAGUUACAUAUUAGGAAUGAUGCCCAAGAUUGCAUCUCAGGCAGAAGAUGGGAACACAGUGAACAACAUGAAGCCUCUUUCCUUGGGAUGGAUGUAUGGGUUUGUUUUUGCCGUGAGCUUUGUUGGUCUUUUCUCCAUUGUUCCGCUACGCAAGAUUAUGAUAAUUGACUACAAGUUGACCUACCCAAGUGGAACUGCAACCGCAUUCCUCAUCAACAGCUUCCACACUUCUAAGGGAGCUAAGCUAGCUAAGAAACAAGUGAAUAAACUCUUUGAAUGGUUCUCCAUGAGCUUCUUGUGGGCUUUCUUCCAGUGGUUCUUCACUAGUAGUGAUGGCUGUGGUUUUAGCAGUUUCCCUACAUUUGGUCUCCAAGCUUUUAAUAAGAGGUUGUACUUCGAUUUCUCAGCUACCUAUGUAGGUGUUGGAAUGAUCUGCCCUUACAUUGUGAACGUAUCUUUGCUCGUUGGAGCUAUCUUGUCAUGGCUAAUAAUGUGGCCGCUGAUCGAGCAAAAGAAAGGCAUUUGGUAUGCCGCUGAUAUCUCUGGGAGUAGCCUUCGUGGGAUCCAAGGAUACAGAGUCUUCAUUUCUAUUGCUAUGAUACUAGGGGACGGACUCUUCCAUGUCGUUUGUAUGCUGAUCACAACCGGAUGGAGCCUCAUGAGGCAGUAUAAGAAAAGAGAUUCGUCUUCAGUUGUCGCCAUUGCUGGUGAUCAGCCAUCCUCAGACAGCACUCAUGAUCGCGAGGAGAGCUACGAUGACCAACGAAGAAAAGACAUGUUCCUGAAAGACCAGAUUCCCAUGUGGGUGGCAGGCUUGGGAUAUGUUUCCUUGUCUGCGAUCUCCAUUGUUGCAGUGCCCCAAAUCUUUCACCAGAUCAAAUGGUACCACAUACUGGUUUCCUACAUCAUCGCCCCGAUCUUGGCCUUCUGCAACUCGUAUGGGUGUGGCCUUACAGACUGGUCUCUGGCAUCCACCUACGGCAAGAUUGCAAUAUUCAUCAUUGGCUCCUGGGUCGGCCUCCAUGGGGGCGGCAUAGUUGCAGGCCUCGUCGCCUGUGGCGUGAUGAUGAGCAUUGUGUCCACGGCCUCCGAUCUCAUGCAGGAUUUCAAGACUGGCUACUUGACGCUUGCGUCUCCUCGCGCAAUGUUCUGUAGCCAAGUCAUGGGCACGGCUCUGGGCUGCCUCAUCGCGCCUGCUGUCUUCUGGUUUUACUACAAAUCCUACCCCACACUGGGCGAGGUGGACGGCUCGUUCCCAGCACCCUAUGGGCUAAUGUACCGUGGAAUCGCCAUUCUCGGAGUUGAAGGAACCUCCUCCCUCCCCAGGCACUGUGUGGAGCUAUCAGUUGGAUUCUUCUGCAUUGCGAUUGCCUUGAACAUUGUCACUUUGCUCCUGGAGAAGUAUGACAAGAAAUGGAGGCUUCACAGGUUUGUCCCGAGGGCAAUGUGCAUGGCCAUCCCCUUCUAUCUGGGUGGCUACUUUGCCAUUGACAUGUGCAUUGGGAGCUUGAUUCUCUACCUGUGGCGAUGGAAGAACAAGGCGGGGGCAGAUGCGUUAGCGCCUGCUGUGGCCUCCGGCAUGAUCUGUGGCGACUCUCUGUGGGGCAUUCCGGCUGCUAUCCUCUCUCUCGCCAACGUCAACCCUCCCCUCUGCAUGAAGUUCCUGCCAGCGUCUGCAAAUGCCAAGGUUGAUGCAUUCUUGAAUGGAUGA